GAAUGGAAUUGACUUGCGUUUUGUAAAAAAUCAAUACAAAAAAAAAUUAAAUUUCUUGAGUGUUUUAUAUUUAAUUGACAAAUAAAUCAUUAUUAUAAUCUAAUUAUUACACAUUCAGCUAAACUUAACACAUCUGCGCAGAGCUGGGAUCCAAAAAGUUGGUAGCACUUCUGCAAGAUAAUCAAUGGGCUGGAAAUUCAAUUCGCGGCAUGCAGCAGAGAGCAUGGUUAUCAGCACAUUGAUCUUUCGUGGUGAGACCAAGGAAUCCAAUCAGAAAUGGAACGAUACUAUGAAUUCUCUCAAUCGGAAAAUCCAAGCCAUCAUUAGAAUUCCAUCUAUCAAACCCAGGUUGAUUCGUCUGGGGAGGCUGCUAGAGUGGGAGAAUAUGAUCGUGGACGGUUCAAUUCAAACCACUGCGCGUCUCCAUUUGUUGAACCCGAAGCACCUACGGCCUUGGCAAAUUGUUGAUGAAAUGUUUUCAGUGAUUUACCACAAAUUUUGUUCGCAGUGUUUGUCGUCAGCAUCUACCCACAUCAAGAACCGCAUGAACGACUUCUUCUUAAUGAGCACAGAAGAGAACAACUCUUAUCUAGAGAUACUUCGGUUGUGCUUUGCUCCAGAACUGUUGGUCUUGCUUUACAUGUCACCUGUUCAAGAUGACAGAUUGUUUGCUGUCAUACAUAUUCUGAAGUUGAGUAGAAUAGACUUGACAAAAGAUUGGCGUAACGAAUGUGCAUGUUUGGUGUUAGAGUUUUGUGAGUUGCUCAGGAGGGUAUCUAAUGAUGAUUCCCUGUAUCUCUCUUGUCGGAGCACUCUUGGGUUGCUGCUGAAAAGCAUGGACAUUUCUAGUUGGUUGAUGUAUGGGGAGGAUACUAAGGGAGCCAGUUUGAUGAAGGAGAUUUUCUCUUUUGUUAGUGAGCUGGGGAAUAGGUUGUGCCAGGAUUUGGUCGCCAGUACAGAAUCACCCUGGAGCUCAGGGCCCUUUUUCGGUGAUAUUUGUGACUUUAAGGCGUUUUUGCUACCUUUGCAUGCAGCAAUUAAGUGGGGUCCUAGUGCCGAUCCAAUUCUAAAGAGAGGUUAUGUGGAAGCCUCUGAGUAUCUUUAUGCUACAUUUCUUAAAUUGUUGAGAAAGAUGAAUGAAUGCCUUCUUAAGAUGCAAGAUUGUUUGCCUUUGAACAGAACAUGGGGAGAUGUUACAGUUUGGCAUGGAUGGUUUCACUAUCUUGCCAUUUUGGAGGAAUUGCAUAAAAUCAGCGAAUAUUAUAAGGUUGCUGAAGAAGAAUUAUGGAUGUCUUUACGGCUUAGAAAGUUUUCACUAUGUGUGCUGCUUGUUAAAUAUUUGAAGCCAACAGAUAAUAUUAGGUGGCUUCUAGAGCGUAAGAAUGAGUAUGGUUGUGAAUUUAAGAGGCAUUUGGCGAGGGAGAUGAUUCCCAAGGCAAAUGAAGAUUUUCAAAGAUCAAUCAAGAUAAUAGUUGACAGGUUCCUUAACGGGGCAACAUCAUUCACACAUGAUGAAGGCCAUCAUAUGCUGCCUGGUGAUUUGUUUUCACCACCCAGAGUACAAGAAGAUAAUCCGCCUGAAAUAAUGGAGAGGUGGUUUCUUUCAAUAUGCCAAGCUGUAUUCAAUCCACAAAAUGCUCUCUUUACGGCAUCUCCAAAUGAUCCCACACGAAUAUAUCCUAAUCCUGCAAUUAAGCUGGAGAACUUGCACCUUGAGUAUUUCAGCUUAGCUAGUAAGCUGAUUGCAUUAGCUUUGAUUCAUAAACUUCCAGUAGGUGUUGUCUUUGAUCGCGUGUUUUUCUUACAAUUGGCUGGAAAGAAUAUUUCAUUAGAAGACAUAAGGGAUACAGAUCCAUGCUUGUAUGGUAAUUGCAAGAAGAUACUGGAGAUGGGUUCCAAAUCCAUUGCGUCUGAUGCUUUAGAACUGAGAUUUAUUAGAAGCCCUGGCGGAAAGAGCUGUGUUGUGAAUAGGAAAAAGGGGAAAAUAUUUGUUGAUCUUCUCAUUCAUUUUCACUUUGUUACAUCCAUCUCUAAACAGGUUUCUUAUUUUGCUCAUGGUUUUGCUGAUGUUUUUGGAAACAUAAGCCUCCAGAAGUUUUUUUUCCAUUGUUUAGAGCUUGAAGAUCUUGAUUGUAUGCUGCAAGGAGUUGAAAAGAGUAUUUCUCUUAAUGAUUUGAAGGCAACUGCAGCAAGCUAUAGAUAUUAUUGUGACAGACGGAGGCAUGUUAUUACAAAUUGGGAAAGGGGUAGGCUUUUGGGAUGCGGGUCAUAUGCGUUGGUGUAUGAAGGAUAUGCAGCUGGGGGUUUCUUUUUUGCUGUCAAGGAAGUUCAAUUGCUUGAUCAAGGAAAUCAGACAAAGAAGUGCAUUUAUCAGAUUGAGCAAGAGAUUGCCUUAUUAAGCCAGUUCAAUCAUCCAAACAUAGUUCAAUACUAUGGCACAGACAAGGAUGAAACAAAGCUCUAUAUUUUUCUAGAGCUUGUAAGUAGUAGCUCUCUUGCAGAAAUUUACAGUAGGUAUCAUCUUAAGGACUCCCAAGUAGCUGCGUACACUAGACAGAUACUAUAUGGUUUGAAGUACCUCCAUGAGCAUAAUGUUAUUCAUAGGGACAUCAAAUGUGCAAAUAUAUUGGUGAAUGUUGAAGGAACUGUGAAGCUAGCAGAUUUUGGAUUGGCUAAAGUGACAGAGUUUAAUAAUCUUAUAAAAUCUUGCAAGGGAACUCCAUGCUGGAUGGCCCCUGAGGUUGUCAACCUGAAAAGAAGAGGUGGAUAUGGACUUCCAGCAGACAUAUGGAGCCUUGGAUGCACUGUUUUGGAAAUGUUAAUCAGAAAACGUCCAUACUCUCAUCUGGAGCCUGCACAGGUUCUUUACAAGAUUGGAAGGGGUGAGCCACCACCUGUUCCUGAUUUUUUGUCAAGUUUAUCACGGGACUUCAUCAUGCAAUGCCUGCAAGUUAAUCCUGAUGAUCGUCCCACUGCUGCUCAGCUCGUGGACCAUCCAUUUGUAAAGGGGUCAUAGCAUACCUAAUUAGGCUUUGGAAAAUCCUGAAUCUCACUAAUUGUGAUGUUUUUUAAUCAAUUAAGCUCAUUCAUUAGGAUGACUAAGGCACCGGCGAGUUCCUGCAUUCAUUCUAUGAACAGUGGGAAAUUUCUUGGCCCAUGAGUUUCCCGGUCUAGCCUCAC